AUGAGAUCUUGUUUGAAAGAGCAUUUGGGACAAGCAGCUGAAUGGUAUAAUACGCAGUUCUCCCAGCCAUGUGAAGAAGCAUUGGGGAGCCUUCGUAGAGGCCUAGGUGAGCACAGUGAGGACUGGGAUUUGGCGGAGUGCUACGAAUCCGAAUCCGACGAACAAUCGAAUGGUGAUUUGGACCCUGGACGUCUACUGUUUAACCUAGCCACUAGAAUAUAUGAGGGUGCAAGUGAAGCCCUUUUCCCAACAUCGGGAUAUAACGAGGUCACAGAUAGCUUUCUCAUAAGCCCAUGGAGCCCGCUACAGUCCGCAGAGGAAUUCAAAUUAUCGCGUUGGUUCCUACAAUCCGGGGUGUCCCAAGAGCAAAUAGAUGAUUAUUUUCGCUCUCCUAGCGUUCCAAAAGGCUCCUACACAACUGGUAGAGGCUUCACAUGCUGUCUUGAUGAGAUGUCUUCUAGGAACGGUCUUCGGACAGAGAGUUGGGUGCACUCAGGGGUUGAAAUAGGUAGUCAGGUGGUGCCUUACUGCUACCGCGAUCCUAUGGCUAUAGUACGAUUCCUUUUGAGGCAGCGUGCAUUCAGGGAGUCUUUGGUGUAUGCCCCAACAAUGGAGUAUAAUGAGAUGGGAGAACGGAUGUAUGGGGAAAUGCAAACGGUGGACUGGUGGUGGGAGAUGCAGGGAUCAACGGUCAUACCAGUGAUUUGCGCAUCGGAUGGCACCCACCUAACAAAUUUCAGUAGAGAUAAAAAGGCUUGGCCUGUUUAUUUGACCAGUGAAAAUAUAAGGUCGGAAACUCGAAAUAAGCCCUCUAAUUACGCGAUUGUAUUACUAGCAGUACUACGUGUUCCACCGAAGUUAGGAGUAGGGACACGUGCAGAUGAACAGCAUUGGCAGAGCCAGAUGGCUCUUCACAAGGUUCUCGGAGAUAUUCUCGAUAGCCUCCAGAGCCUUAGGCAGAGCGGAGAAUUGAUACAAUGUGCGGAUGGGUUCGAGGGAUUAUGUUAUCCGAUACUAUGCGCAUGGAUUAUGGAUCAUCCAGAGCACGCCGCAUUACUAAACAUCAAUAAUGAUGCCUGCCCAAGGUGUGAAGUUGAUUUCAAAGGCCUUGGAGGCCUUCAACAAAGUGCGCCUCGGAUUCAACAGAGAUAUAUGGAAAUGGCCAAGCGGUAUAAGAUGGAUACCUCCAAUAAGAUACCUGUGGAGUACCUGGUAUCGAAGUGCAGUAAGACUAUCUACAUUGCCUUCUGGGCCUUGCCAAGGGUCAAUGUGUACGAUCUUCACAAGCCGGAUAUCUUGAAUAAUCUUUAUUUGAGACUAUUAAAACAUAUGAUGGGGUGGGUUCAAUUGUUUCUGAAGAAGCACAAAUAG